ACUGCGGACAACCCUGGCGAUGGUGCGUCUGCGCUCGUAUCGCCACCCAGCGCAGCCUCCUUCUUCCCUCUCGUCAGAUUGGCAGCGCCGGCACGGUGUCGGCCCUCUGAUCUGUACCGAUACCUUGGCACUUGGCGUUCGUUCCACGGCUUGCUGAGCCAUCUGCUCUGCUCCCCUUGCCAUGGGCCUCCUUCUGAUCCUCAUCGCUGCCGGCAGUUCUUCGCAGUAAACCGCUACAUCCUGACAACGCUGGCACAGUGAAUGCGCCUUGUCUUUCCCCACAACCCGUCUCCCAAGAUUGCAUGAUCCAGACGUCCUUGUUGUGUGUGUCUGGAGCCAAUCCCCGUCGCAUACGGCCUGUCGCGUCGACGGCCACGCGAAACGGCGGAGAUCUACCUUGAAUCGCUGCCAACUCCAAUCGCUCGACAGUCGCCUCCUCUCGACAUGCGAAUUCAAAAGCGCGCAACAACGGUGCCUGCACCCAUUGUCGUAAACCCAAGUCAGAACUGGUAUGGGCCGGACGGGAGCUGGAGCACGUUUCGAAUACAAGUUGGCACACCACCGCAAAGCUUCGAUAUCCUGCCCUCCACAGCGGCCUCAGAGUCGUGGGUGCCUCUGCCAGAAGGCUGUACCAGCUCAGAUCCCACGGAUUGCCCGACGCUGCGGGGUGUUCAGCCGUUCAACGGCCUCUCUGCAGAAGGCUAUUUAACCAACCAGUCGUCCACGUAUUCGCUCAUUGGACUCUACGCAAUUCAGCUUGAAGAUCGGUUGGCAUAUUCGCUGAAUGGUCAGUAUGGAACCGACGUGUACGGACUUAACGGCGGCAACGGAUCUUCGAGCGGCGGCGUCUCUCUCUCAGACCAAAUAGUCGCGGGCAUCGCGUCGAAGGACUUUAUGCUUGGUGUAUUUGGCCUUGGCAUUCAACCGACCAGUUUCUCCUCCAGUGCGGGAGCCAGUCAGAGCUUCAUGACAAAUCUGCGAAACGCCGACCUGAUCCCAUCGCUUUCCUACGGCUAUACCGCCGGCGCAUCAUAUCGGAACAAGAAGGUGGAAUCUAGCCUAACCUUAGGUGGUUAUGACCAGUCUCGCUUCACGCCCUCAAAUCAGAGCCUCUCAUUCUCCUCUCAGGAUUCCGAGGUUUUGAAGGUUGGCGUUCAGUCAAUCAUCGCCGAAGACACUCUCUUGGGAACCACUUCUUUCACGGCGGGCGGUCACGGCCACCUCUCUGUCAUAGACUCGACAGUGCCUCACAUCUGGCUGCCACGAGCCAUCUGUGACGAGAUGGAGUCCGCAUUGGGUCUGCAGUACGAUAACCAGACCGAUUUGUACCUCGUUAACGACACGAUGCACUCGAAGCUGCUGUCACUGAACCCAACUUUUACUUUCAGACUCGGCGAAACGCAGUUCGACAACGGAAACGGGACGAACAUCCAGCUCCCUUAUGCUGCUUUCGACUUGCAAGUCGGAUGGCCCAUUUACUCCACGAAUCAGAACUACUUUCCAAUUCGGCGAGCGGCAAACGAUUCACAGUACACCCUCGGUCGAGCACUGCUACAAGAGGCGUAUAUUGUUGUUGACUACGAGCGAAGAAAUUUCACCGUCGGACAAGCUAUCUUUACCGAUCCCAUGCCCUCUUCGCAUAUCGUCACAAUACAUUCACUAAACAACGGCAAUGGCUCCAGCGGCUCUCUCUCAGCAGGAGCAAUCGCUGGUAUCGCCGUUGGCGCGGCAGUAGCUAUCAUAGCUCUCGUCGUAGGUGUCAUCUUGUGGAAGCGAAAGAAGCAGAGUGAAGUCCGUAGACCGACCGAGCUGGAUGGCACCUCCGCCAAGAAACGAAUCGAAAACACCGAUCCCAAGAACUACGAAGCCAUCGAGGGCGAGGCCACGGAAAUGGAUGCGGAAGGAGAACACCGGAUUUCUGAGCUGCCCACCGUGCACCAGAAGCUACUUCCGCACGCCGGCAUGCAGGAGCUACCGAGCCCGCAGCCGGUCUUCGAGAUGCCCGGCGACACGUCGUAUGAGAUGGACGGCACGCCGUCAGCGACACCGCGAACUUCGGUUCCUCCUUCGCCGUACCACCGCAGUCUGUCCCCCCACCCGUACGAGCCGAGCCCGCAGCCUAGUCCGAGACUGCAUCCUCAGCACAGGUGACGCGAGGCCGGAGACAACGUUCCUCUGCUGCCCAUGACGAGACCUGGUCGACACGGCGGCCAAGAUCCGCAAAAUGCGUGAGCCCGUCGUCUCGUGAGCAGGACUGCCCAGGCAGACUCAGUAGCGAGCGCUAUCUCCUCCUUGAACAAGAUCAUGAACCGAUUUCGACGAAGUAGCACGCGGGCAAUGGGAGUGGCGAAAGGGAACCUGGUGUCUCGCAAACUUUGAAAAGGAUUGGAGGGGACGAGUCUGGCGGCGCGUUCCAACCACCAUCGCAUUCGCGCCGCUCUUUGGGCGGUGGAAAAAGCGGCGGAAAAACAAAGCAAUUUUCUUGCAUAGCGAGGCGUUUCCCAUGAUCCGACGUGCUGUGUGUUUCGCGACGCUGAGCGGACCUCAACCAUCUGUGAGAUGCGCUUAAGGUAAUUUUAUCCACGAAUAAUUUUUUUUUUAUUUUUUUGCGCAGGCUUCGUUCGCCCCGUCGGCUUCUUGUCUGGCAUUGCUCUUCCAGCACGUCGUGGACGAGGUUGCCAAGUUUCACAAGCGCAAUCCGCGUUGGCUGCGCAUGAUUGUCGUCUGCGUAUUUGUUUAAAAAAAAAUUUUUUUUCUCUUCUUGAGAGGGGCGUAAUUCGAAGGAUCGCUUUGCACAGUUGAGUUGCUGUUCGGAAAAAGUUGACGACAUGGACGGAAAGUUCGAAAAAGGGUGAGUUGAUGGCCUGUUAUAUGUCAUGAGAAUAUAGUACCUCAUCUUGGGUGAGAAAUUCGGUCAUCUAAAAAUCGUCGAAUUACGAACAAAACGCACAGUUUAUAACCUGCGUGAUGCUCCUGGGACAGAAAUCUUCGUUUCUUAUCCUUUCUUCAAGUCGCGCUCGAGCAGGACAUCUUAAACGGAAACUAAGAAGGGGGAGAAUGUCAUGUCCUUAUAUCCAACGUGUCAGCAUAACUACCGU